UUUCCUGCAAUUUUGUGCCAUGUUGUCGGUGCGGAAGCAGUGGGCGCUCGCACAGCGGUGCUGUGCAGGAAGCGGGUCACCGCGCACAUACGCUGCACUGAUUUCCUGACCAAGCAAAGGGGCUGGAGCGGCGCGCAGGGCAGUGCCGCGGUGGCAGUGGGACAGCGCUGCAGACUACCUCCCGGCCAGGAGACGGCGGACCCCCGCGCCCCGCCGCCCCCCGCCAUCCCUCCUCCUCCCGCUCCUCCUCCCGCGGGCGCCCGGAGCGGCCCCGCCCGCCGGAAGCAGCGGCAGCAGCGGCAGGAGCAGCCAAGCUCCGGGUUCGGGUCCGGCGCCGCAGAAGCCGCCGCGGCAGAACGAGAUGCCCCUGGCCAAGGACCUGGUGCACCCCUCCGCGGAGGAUGAGAGGAGAAAGCACAAGAAGAAACGGCUUGUGCAGAGCCCCAACUCCUACUUCAUGGAUGUAAAAUGCCCAGGAUGCUACAAGAUCACCACUGUAUUCAGCCAUGCUCAGACAGUAGUUCUGUGUGUAGGGUGCUCAACUGUCCUGUGUCAGCCUACUGGGGGUAAAGCCAGAUUAACAGAAGGCUGUUCAUUUAGAAGAAAGCAACACUGAACACUUGAGCAUGUGGGUUUGGAUCUGUGCUCCUGAAAGCCUUACCAGUUUAAAAAUGCCUGUUAAUACAAUGUAAUUACGAUUGAUUUUGUAGAAGAUUACAUGCUACUAGUGACUAAUGAGCUGGAAUCUCUGUUUCAAUAAAUAAUUUGAAGUGCAAGUUUUUCCUGCAGGUUUGCAGACAACUGAGCUCUAUUUUUGUAUUUUUAUUUUUAAACAGUGCAUUGUUAAUUGGGUGGUGUCAUUUAAUAUGAAAACCUUGGGCUUGCUGCUUCCUUCCCCUCGUUUAUCAUCAACUACAGCAGCGUAAUACAUAUGGUGACAGAAAACUGCUCUAAGAGUGCAUUUUGUAUACUUCACUACUGCAAGGGUUGCAAAGGCUGGACACAUUUAAAAUGGCUCAUUUGCUUUCAACAUUGCUUUAGUCCCUCUAUCACCACGUGUAAUGUGGUGAUAAAUGAAAAUACAAAGUUACUCACUUAUAUUUAGCUGGUUUUCUGUUUUGUUUGGGGAUUUUUUUCCCCUUCCCUCUAAUCUGGUCUUGAAACUGCAUUUGGUAUUCGGUGCAGAGAUUUCUAUAUGAGAAAAAAAAAAAAAGUCUUUUGCAAAACACUGAAAGCAUUUAG